UGUGGGUUUUCCAUUCCAAAGCAGAGGCAGGCAAAACCAUGGGCAGUUUUCCGCUGUCUUCUGCACAUACAAAACCUGCCAACCUAAAACCGGCUGCUCCGCUCUCUGUAUAUAGCUCAUACCGCUUCUCCAUUGAAUAUGUCACACAAUCUAUUCCUCCACCACCACCACCACCACCACCAAACCUCUCUCUCUCUCCUCUCACUUCUCUCUCUACGUUAUCUUCUGCUUCUGCCACACAUUUCUGCAAAAGCUGACCAAUUGCUCUCAUUCCUUUCCAUCCGUGGAUGUGCCCCUGGACAUGUUGAUGUAACAAGUCGGUUCCAAUCUCUCAGAUUCUGGUACUUUUUGGCAGUUAUUUGGUUUCAAUUAUUGGGUAUUUUUAUUUUAUAUUUUUUGCUCUGGGUUUUGUUCAGCGCAUGAGUUUUCUCCUUAUAAAAUCGAUUGGAUUGAAAGAUAUAUUUAGUGGGGAAAUUAGAUUAGAACAUUUGUUUCAACUGGGUUCUUGGUUUUCGUCACAAAGUUUUAAUCUUUUGGGAAAUUGGUAGAAUAAGAGCAGUUUAUUAGAUUUUGGAAUGGAAGCAAAUGGGCUGUUUUCUGGAAUGCUUGGCCUGGAAAUGCCUUUGCACCAAAAUCCCCAAAACCCCCCAAAUCCCCAAAACCCUCACAACCCUAUGCACCAACCCCAAAUGGUUCCCUAUGCCCCCCACCAUGACCCUGACCCCCACCAAAACCCUCACCAAUCUGUGAAACAGGGCUACCCAUUUGCCCCCAAAUCCAAGCAGAUUGCCCUGAGUGACGAUGACGAACCCGGUUUCGGUGCCGAUGACAAGAGGAAGAUAUCGCCGUGGCAGAGAAUGAAGUGGACCGACACCAUGGUGAGGCUUCUGAUCAUGGCUGUGUUUUACAUUGGUGACGAGGCGUCCGAUGGCCCUGAUCCUACGGGCAAGAAGAAGCCUGCUGGUGGAUUGCUGCAGAAGAAAGGGAAGUGGAAAUCGGUGUCCCGGGCUAUGAUGGAGAAGGGUUUCUAUGUGUCUCCUCAACAGUGUGAGGAUAAGUUCAAUGACUUGAACAAGAGGUAUAAGAGGGUCAAUGAUAUUCUUGGAAAGGGGACGGCCUGCCGGGUUGUGGAGAAUCAGGGCUUGUUGGAAAAGAUGGAUUUGGCACCAAAGAUGAAGGAAGAAGUUCGUAAAUUGUUGAAUUCGAAGCACCUGUUUUUCAGAGAAAUGUGUGCUUAUCAUAACAGUUGUGGUCAUGGAACUGUUGGUGGCGCGUCGAAUGGUGCGCAUAACUCCCCGCCGGAGGCGGCCACAGAGCCGUCUGAGAUUCCAGCGCAGCAGCAGCAGAGUUGCUUUCAUUCAUCAGAAAAUGCCCAAGCGGUUGCCAAUUCAGGAAGGUCAGAGACUGAGGGAUCCAAAAUGGUUGUCGGAGGAAGUGGCGGCGAGGACGAAGAUGAAGACGAGGAGGAGGAUGAAUCUGAGGACGAAGAUGAUGAAGAGGAAGACGAGGUGGUUGGAGGUGGGUGUAGAGGUCAAAUUGGGCAUGGAAAUCACGAAGAUGAGGAUGACAACAAUGAUGAAAGAGCGCCGCGGAAAAUGGCAAGAAAGGAAGGGUGCAGUGCGGGGUCCUCCUCAUCGAGCCAAUUAAUGCAGCAAUUGAGCUGCGAGAUGAGGGUUGUGAUGCAAGAUGUGACAAAGACCCCGUGGGAGAAGCAGCAGUGGUUGAAAACAAGGCUGAUACAAUUGGAGGAACAGCAAGUGAGCUACCAAUACCAAGCUUUCGAGCUGGAGAAGCAGAGGCUAAAGUGGAUCAAGUACAGUGGGAAGAAGGAAAGGGAUAUGGAGAGAGCCAAGCUUGAGAACGAGAGAAGGCGGCUGGAGAACGAGAGGAUGCUGUUGCUCGUGCGCCGCAAGGAGCUGGAGCUUCAUCAGCAGCAGCAGCAGCAGCAGCAACAGAAUUCUUCAAACAAGAGAAGCGAUCCUCCAUCUUCGCUGACGGGGGCGAUUUACUUGUUUGUACCAAAGGGAAUGUGUGGCGAUGAUACAUUUAUUAUAUAGGCGACGCCUCAGGCAUUUUCGAUAAGCAGCCAAAGGAAAGGAUGCAGCAAAAUUUCGUCUAA